AUGCCGUGCCGUCUCUUUGACGCCGCCGCCGUCCGAUCCCCUCGCAAAAAGCCCACAACCAAGAUGGGGGGAAAGGACAAGAUGGAGAGAUACUGUCAGAGCACACCAACCCAACAGCAACAAGCAGCAAAGCAGGGCCCAAUAGAGGAGGCUAACGAGUCGCUGACAGCUACCUUCAAACUUGACCGGCAGACGCCAGACCAGGAGCUUUGCGGCGACUGCGGGAGAGCUUCGCUCGCGGCUUUUCCAUGGGUGUCACAAAGCCAACCGCCCCCCCCCCCCCGAGUCGAGUCGGGCUGCAGUGACGAACUCUAUCUGGUGUUUCUGCUCCAUUUCCAUUUCGGACUGAUGCCCGACCCGAAAGCCUGGCGGACGGUCAAUCCUUCACCACACUGA